AGCAACUGGUUCACCUAAUCUUGAGCCAAUUCAUCAACCAAAUGAAUUUUCAAGACAAUAGAUCCAAUUUUAACUCUCUCAAAGAGAGGCUUUUCUUUCUAGCAUAAUUGAAACUGAGGUGAAAAAACUUAAAAUGCUGUGUAAAGCUCCAAUGGGUUUAUUUAUUUAUUUAUUUUUUAAAGAAAACAACCAGAACCUUAUACGCUAUUAAAAGAAAAUUCAGUGACUAACAGACAAGGACUAAGGAAUCUCUAUCCUGGAUUCCGACGUCAAUAUCAUUAUCAAACCCGAAAGCUAAAUAAGAAAAUGUAUCAGUUCCAAACUUCCCAUCCAGUCCGAGUUUCAAUAAUUUGAAAUGAGUUCAAAUGUUCCAUAGAUUUAUCUAUUCAGAAUCCAAGAAACUUCCAUUGACUUGCUCUGAAAAGAAAAAUGAAAUUGACGCCAAGAGAAGUGGAAAAAGUAGGACUUCACAGCGCAGGUUCUCUUGCUCAGAAACGACUCGCUCGUGGCCUCAAGCUUAAUUAUACUGAGGCUGUUGCUCUUAUUGCUACUCAGAUUUUAGAGUUUGUUCGUGAUGGUGACAAAACGGUUGCUCAACUGAUGGACAUUGGAAAACAAUUACUAGGAAGGAGACAAGUUCUUCCAGCUGUUCCAAACCUUUUGGAUACUGUGCAGGUUGAAGGGACAUUUCCUGAUGGGACAAAGUUAAUCACUAUUCAUAAUGCUAUUGCUAGUGAAGAUGGAAAUCUGGAGCUAGCUUUACAUGGUUCCUUUCUUCCAGUUCCUUCACUUGACAAGUUCCAUGGGACAGAAGACAAUGAAAUUCCAGGUGUUAUCAUCUUUGGAGAUGGAAAUAUUAGACUUAAUCCUGGAAGGAAAGCAGUGAUUCUGAAAGUUGUAAAUCGUGGAGACAGACCGAUUCAGGUAGGCAGCCACUAUCAUUUCAUUGAGACGAAUCCAUCUUUGCAUUUUGAUCGAAAGAGAGCACAUGGCAUGCGCCUGAACAUACCAGCAGGAACGGCUGUACGAUUUGAGCCAGGGGAAUGUAAAAGUGUUAUACUUGUGAGCAUUGGCGGUAAAAAGGUCAUCAGAGGAGGAAAUGGCAUUGUUGAUGGUUUAGUAGAUGAUGCCAACUAUGCAAAAGUAGCAGAUUCCAUAAGUGUGAGAGGAUUUGGGCAUCAGGAAGAAGUCAAUGUUAGUGAAGGUCUAACCGGAGAAGAUCCUGUUUUCACCACUGUUGUUUCUCAUGAAGCAUAUGCUAAUAUGUAUGGUCCUACUACUGGCGACAAAAUUCGCCUUGGUGACACCAAUCUUUAUGCUGAAAUUGAAAGAGAUUUUGCUUGUUACGGGGAUGAAUGCGUUUUUGGAGGUGGGAAAGUUAUAAGGGAUGGCAUGGGCCAGUCAUGUGGGCAUCGGCCAGUUGAUUCUCUUGAUACUGUUAUAACAAAUGCUAUGAUCAUUGACUAUACUGGAAUUUACAAGGCAGAUAUUGGUAUCAGAGAUGGUCUGAUUGCUGCGAUUGGAAAAGCAGGAAAUCCAGAUAUCAUGAAUGAUGUCCAUGCUGACAUGACCAUUGGGGUUAACACUGAGGUUAUUGCGGGUGAAAGAAUGAUUGUAACUGCAGGGGCAAUUGAUUGUCAUGUACACUUCAUAUGCCCCCAACUGGCCUAUGAGGCAAUAUCAAGUGGCAUUACAACACUUGUGGGAGGUGGAACAGGACCUGCUAAUGGGACGCGUGCAACAACCUGUACUCCUGCUCCAUCUCACAUGAAAUUGAUGCUGCAAUCUACUGAUGACUUGCCUCUAAAUUUUGGAUUCACUGGAAAAGGCAAUGGUGCCAAACCUGAUGAACUACAUGAAAUAAUCAAGGCUGGGGCUAUGGGAUUGAAGCUACAUGAGGACUGGGGCACCACUCCUGCUGCAAUAGACAAUUGUUUGAGUGUUGCAGAAGAACAUGACAUACAGGUCAAUAUCCACACGGACACCUUAAAUGAAUCUGGAUUUGUGGAGCACACAAUUGCUGCAUUUAAAGAAAGAACUAUCCAUACUUAUCACAGUGAAGGUGCGGGUGGUGGCCAUGCUCCAGAUAUUAUCAAAGUAUGUGGUGUAAAAAAUGUUCUACCAUCAUCAACAAAUCCUACUCGGCCAUAUACUUCCAAUACUAUAGAUGAACAUCUCGAUAUGCUGAUGGUCUGCCAUCACCUUGAUAAGGACAUUCCGGAAGAUGUAGCUUUUGCUGAAUCAAGGAUAAGGGCUGAAACAAUUGCUGCAGAGGACAUAUUGCACGAUAUGGGUGCAAUUAGCAUUAUAUCUUCUGAUUCACAGGCUAUGGGCCGCAUUGGAGAGGUCAUAUGUAGAACUUGGCAAACGGCUCACAAGAUGAAAUCAGAAAGGGGAUCAAUUGGGCCUGGUGGCUCUGAAAAUGACAACUUUCGUAUUAAACGAUAUAUUGCGAAGUACACUAUAAAUCCAGCAGUAGCAAAUGGGUGUGCCGAAUUUAUUGGUUCAGUUGAGGCAGGGAAGCUGGCUGAUCUAGUUUUAUGGAAGCCAUCUUUCUUUGGAGCAAAACCUGAAAUGGUGGUUAAAGGUGGUGUAAUUGCAUGGGCUGACAUGGGUGAUCCAAAUGCUAGCAUCCCCACACCGGAACCGGUGAUUUCGAGGCCUAUGUUUGGGGCAUUUGGCAAGGCUGGAAGUGCCAACUCCAUUGCGUUUGUCAGCAAGGCUGCUAUAGAUAAUGGGAUUAAGGGCUUGUAUGAACUGAACAAAAGAGUGGAAGCCGUGGGCAAUGUUAGGAGACUGACGAAACUUGACAUGAAGCUCAAUGAUGCCCUUCCAGAUAUAUCAGUGGAUCCAGAAACAUACACAGUGACAGCAGAUGGUGAGGUUCUCAUCUGUGCUGCUGCCACCACAGUUCCCCUUUCACGAAAUUACUUCCUCUUUUAGGAAUCAUUCAUACACAUGAUAACCAAACUAGAAUAAAUGAUGACACAUCCAAACAAAAGAAAUAUCACUUUUCUUUUUUAAAUUUUAUUUUUGGGCUGUGUCUCUUACAUGCGAUAUCCUUGAGUAAAAUUAGCUGUUUCCUUUA